UGAAAGCAAGCAUUUCAACGAAGAUUUUCCAGCUCUUCCUAAAGAAGAUUUUCAAAGACACUGUAAUCUAGUUUUUGACUUGAAUUCACAAGAAGAUGUAGCUGGACAGAUGCAUUAUCCAGAACUCAGCGGCGGAAACUUGAGAUUAGAAAUGUUUUAACAAUUUCAUUUGGAGUAAGUAACGGAAGUGAUAGUCUUGGGAAAAGACCAAUCAAAUCUUCAAAUUGACAAAUUCAGAGUAAUCGCUUAAAUUUGUUUUCGUUUUUCUGAAUUUUAGAAUCCUACAAAAGUUAGUAUUUUUGGGGGAUUGUUCAUCAUUAAAAGUUAGUUUUUUUGGGGGAUUGUUCAUCGUUAUAGUGUUUGUACUAUCUGUUUUGUUUUUAGUCAGACUUAAAUCUCCACCAAAAUUGGCAGUGAGUGCUGCGUAGUUGAAAACCCAAAAAUUAUCUAAUAUUUAUAUUCUAAAGCCGUGUUCAAUAAUCGUUGUUCAGUGUAUAAGACGACAUCUGUUUGGGUUUUUCUUCAGUUCCUAAGUGCUUGUAAGUCAACUAAUGUAUUUCCCUUAUUCAUACAAAAAUGAUCUUUUUUCUGUCUAUUCAGACGUGAAUCAGCUAACAAAUGCAAAGAUUAAUACUUUUUCACUUGUGCAUAUUAUUGAAAUACUUCCUGAGCUCAGGUUCAAGUAUAUGGGAUCUUAUCUUCUGAUAAAAUUCGUCAACUAGCAAAUUACUCUUUGGCAUUUGUGAACUCAGCUCCAAGUAGUGAUAGAGGAGAACACGGGAUCACUAUUACUCGAUUGCCCAAAACUUAGUACUUACUGAUUCUUUGACUAGAAAGAGAUCAAUUUACCUACUCAUUUCUUACAUUAAAAGUCUCGGCGAAUGGUUUCACGAAAACAACAAAAAACCAAAUAUGUGUUCUUUGGCUUUUUUUCUUCAUUUUUUUUUGUCUGAAGCUAGCCCAAUUUGAGAAAAACAUGUCGGUGAUUCCCAUUACCCGAAUUGCUUUGAGGGUUAACCAUAUUAAGCAAAAAAAAGGUUGAAUGAAUAUUUUAAGUUGGAUAUGUCAUGUAGGUGAAGUACUGCUGCUGUCUGGUGAUAAAAAAGUGAUUUAUGCUGACAGGAGGGGGGCUGCUUGUGAGUAGGGCUUUGUGUUGGAAACGAAUGCCUCCAGAAGCUUUCUACGCAGUGAGGCGGGGCAGGAAAACGGGAGUGUUCAAGAGUUGGGCGGGGGAGGGGGGUGCCAAGGAGCAAGUGAGUGGCUUCAAAAGCAGCCUGCUCAAAAAGUUCUCCACUUUGAGUGCAGCUGAGAACUGGGUCAAAGCUGGACGAGAUAGCUGCUGCUCUUCUACGCUGCAUGCAAUCAACCGUGAUAGUCAAAGUAACCGGACGGGGCCUAAAGUCACCAAGAAGACGAAAACUCCUUCUAUUAAGAUCAGUCGAGCGCUCUCAACUGAUGCUCAAUUAUUACAUCAGCGGGAAAAAGAAGUCUCCGAAAGAGUUGUUGUAUAUACUGAUGGAUGCUGUAAACCAGUAGGAGGCAGCGGGCGCAGUAAUAGAAAACGACACAAUUGCGAGAGGAUAGCUGGUAUUGGCAUUCAUUUCCCGGCUAACUCUCAUCUAAACUUGAGCGCGCCAAUGAGACAAGAACCAUACACCAAUCAACGAGCGGAACUGGAAGCGGCAAUUGAAGCUAUCAAAGUAUCGAGGGAAAAUUGCUUGGACAAAUUAUGUUUGUACACGGAUAGCAUGUACGUCAUCAAUGGCAUAAGUAAUUGGAUCGCGAAAUGGAAGCGAAAUGGAUGGCAGACCGUGAAUAAAAGCGACGUGUUGAACAAGGACUUGUGGAUGCAACUUGAUCUGGCAAUAUCCUCGAUAGACGCCAAGUUUGUACACGUUUUUGGACACACGGGAGUUGAAGGCAACGAAAUAGCUGAUCGGCUAGCCAAUGAAGGAGCCGAACAACUACUUUUUCUAUCAACUGAACAACCAAAUGAAGUUGCUUCUACUAAAAUUGACUCAAAAAACAUUUGUUGUCCUGUUAAUAUGAAUUCGAAUAAAUAAAAACGCGACGAAACUUA